GGCCCAGAGACCUGAAGACUCGGGUUUGAGUCAGGGCUCUUUGACAGCUGUGUGUUCUUGUGCAAGUUUUUCCCUCUGGGGCGUAAUCUGCACCUCUGAAAGCAAGGUGAAGUAAAAAGGCCUUUCUCCUAAAAGCUUGUGAAGACUUAAGGCUGUGUCUUUGGUUCCUAAAUGGUGAGUGUUGACUGGAAUGACCUAGACAGUGUGUUCAUAGGAAAGUUUCUGUCCUGCCCACACUCCCUGGAUGGUUAUUCUCGUACCGGGGGUUCACAGACCUGACUUGGAGGAACCCCACCAUAGGGAGUGGUAGGUGAGAGUCCUCACUGAACGGUGAAGCGAGGAGAUAAUUUGAUAGGGGCCUCGCCGACCUGGCCCUCUGCUCUUCAUGGAGCUGGGUGCCUGAUGGGACCAACCUGGUGCCCCCACUUGUCCCCUGGGAAGUGCCUUAGGAGCGGUAUACCCAUCUAGCUACCUGGUUUCUGGCUCACAGAUAGGAAGACUGAGGCCCAGAGCUCAGAAUCCAUGGGUCCAGCCUCUGAGAGGGAAGCAGACCUAAAGGGUCCGGCUCUGGUCUCAGGGCGGUUCUACAGGGAUAAGAGAAGACAAAGGUGCAACCUGAGCUCAGAGUCGGUCCCUGUGGGGCCGGCCCAGGGGGCAGACAAGACUGUGAGCGCCCAGGUCACUGAGUAAGGACCCAACCACUCAAGGCGAGUGAAACAGCUGGAUUCAACUCCCAGCUGCGAAUUACUAGGUGUGGCCAUGGGCUAGUUAUUAAGCACAAUGCCAUUUUGUUCCUCUGGGCCUCAGUUCUCUUAUCUGUGAAAAGGGAAUAAUAAUAGUACUUUUCUCAUGGUGUGGGCAGGAAAUUGAAGUGAGUUAAUACAUGUAAAGAGCUUAGGAUACUGCCUGUUAUUUAGCAAGUGCUUUAUAAAUGUGAGCUAUCGGUUUUUUUUAUUAAAGAGAAACUUUAUCAGUCAGGCUGUCCAGAGAUGGUCUGAAAGGAGGUAGUGAGUGCCUCAUCCAGGGAUAGGAAGAGAUCCCCUGGAAACCCGAGAUCUCCUGGAAAGUUGAUCCUCAAGCCCUUUAACUCACUUUCCAGCCCCAGAAUUUAGUGGGAAAAGUGAAGAAACAACAACAAGGUGAUGGUGGAACAGCGUUGAGGGGGAUUGGCACCAGAAACCAAAGCGGAGAUGCAGGAAGAGCUUCCUGGGCGAAGUGGGGCUCAAAGGCAGGAUUGAUGGGAUUUGUAACGGCCAAGAAGGACCUGGGAACUUGCGUGGUGUGAUGGAAGCCAUGGAAAGUUCUUGAGUGUCACACAGUGCUUCAGGGAGAAGACGCUGGCUGCCUGUGUCACCAGACUGUGUGUGUAGGGGUGGGGACUGAGGCAGGUCCACCAGGCAGAAGGGUGCUGACUCUAAAGAUGCAGCCCGUGCCACUCACUCCGGGGCCCAGUGUCCUCCCCGGGCCGUAAUGUAGACGCCACCAAGCUGAGGUGUACAAACAGGGAAACAGGCUUAGAAGGAACAGGAGAAAGAACUCAGGCCCCCUACCUCCCACCCUCACUUCUGGGCUCACCAGGCUCCCUUUCCUCUAGCAGAUCCUCACCCCCACCCAGGCUGCCCCCAGCAGCUGCUGCUGCGCACUCCUUAAGUGGAUCUGCUGUAAUCCUCUCCCCUCAUCCCCCAGGGAGGAUGAGCUGGUGUCAGGGCUAAUGCAGCUGUUAAUCCUAUUUCCUUCCAGCCAUGAUCCACAGGAACAGCUGUGUGGACGGUGUCUGGCUCUGAACCAAGAAUGAAGGGGCCUCGGCUAGAGUGGGUGUCCCAGGAAGCCAGAUCAGAUACAUUGAUUAUGUCUCAGAGGCUUCUAACUGCUAGCAAUGGUUCAAGCUGCCUGGAGAGUGACUGAGCUUCCUAUGACCAGAGCUAGGGGAGCAGGAGCCCACAGUGAUUCCAGAGCAGGGGUGGGCCGGGAUUCCUGUCUGGGGUGGAGUCCCUUAUAGCCGUGCAAGGCCAGAAUUCUGUGCGACCGUUGCUGCCUCGGAAAGCUAACCCACCAGAGUGGAACAACAAAAUGCAUGUGCUGGGGGCUACCACUUCCAGACAGACGGUGCCAAUCACCACCGUGAGCCCACUGGUUUUGCCCUCUCUUGGGCCUACCUCUGCCUUCCCUGGGCACUGGGAGACCUUCAGGCCAGACCCCCAAGGCUGCAGUCUCGAUGUCUGCAGCCUUGCAUAGGACCCUGCAUCCUAGCACAGGCCUUGAGGGCUGAGCUGAAGGAGGAGGAUGGUGAGAGGAUGGAACAGGGUGUCUGGGAAUGCCAGGGUGGGGAAUGAAGGGCGGGCAGACGUUUUGAUGAACCCAGCCUCCUCCCUUCGUCUUUCUGAAGUCACCCAGUCCAACUCCUGCCAUCAGUGAGCAGACCAGAGAGGACACUUGGGCACACUUUCAGAGCCGGAAUGUUUGAAGGCAGGAUGUGGUCCUCCCAGGUGGGAAGUGCAGAUAAGUUGGGGUUAUCAUUGAGGCCCCAUGAGGGCUUUGGUGAUGGGAGAGGCCUUGGAGAAUGGUGAGGGAUGUGGCAUGUGUCUAACUUUGCUUCUCUCACAGAGCUUUGCCCAUCGAGGCCAUGGAGGUGGAGACUGUGGAGGCCCGGUCCCCCGGCCCCGGCUACAAGCGUUCGGGCCGCCGCUACAAGUGCCUGUCCUGUACUAAGACGUUUCCAAACGCGCCCAGGGCAGCACGCCACGCUGCCACACAUGGGCCUGCAGACUGCGCGGAGGAGGUGGCGGAGGCGAAGCUGAAGCCAGAGACGGAAUCCAAAACAGAGGAUGCCGGCGGGGACAAAGGGUCAGGUGCAGCGGCCAAGCCUCGGCCUUACGCGUGCCCACUGUGCCCCAAGGCCUACAAAACAGCACCGGAGCUGCGCAGUCACGGGCGCAGCCACACGGGCGAAAAGCCCUUCCCUUGCCCCGAGUGCGGCCGCCGCUUCAUGCAGCCCGUGUGCCUGCGCGUGCACCUGGCCUCGCACGCCGGCGAGCUGCCCUUCCGCUGCACGCACUGCCCCAAAGCCUACGGCGCGCUCUCCAAGCUCAAGAUCCACCAGCGGGGCCACACGGGCGAGCGGCCCUACGCCUGCACUGCACUACGGCAGCAGGGUCAGGUGAUGGGCCUGCCACCUUCAUGCCGGUCCCCACGCCCCCACAGGUCCCACACCGGAGAGCGCCCCUUCCUCUGCUCCGAAUGCGGGAAGAGCUUCUCGCGUUCGUCCUCGCUCACGUGCCACCAGCGCAUCCACGCAGCACAGAAGCCCUACCGCUGCCCCGCCUGCGGCAAGGGCUUCACCCAGCUCAGCUCCUACCAGAGCCACGAGCGCACGCACUCUGGCGAGAAGCCCUUCCUGUGCCCCCGCUGCGGCCGCAUGUUCUCCGACCCCUCGAGCUUUCGGCGCCACCAGCGGGCGCACGAGGGCGUGAAGCCGUACCGCUGCGAGAAGUGCGGCAAGGACUUCCGGAAGCCGGCCGACCUGGCCAUGCACCGCAGGGUGCACACCGGCGACCGGCCCUUCAAGUGCCUGCAGUGUGACAAGACGUUCGUGGCUUCCUGGGACCUUAAGCGCCAUGCGCUGGUGCACUCGGGCCAGCGGCCCUUCCGCUGCGAGGAGUGCGGCCGAGCCUUCGCCGAGAGAGCCAGCCUCACCAAGCACAGCCGAGUGCACUCGGGUGAGCGCCCCUUGCUCGGGCUGCCCCCAGAAUCAGGCGGUGUGAUGGCCACCCAAUGGCAAGUGGUGGGCAUGACGGUGGAGCACGUGGAGUGCCAAGAUGCUGGGGUGGGGGAGGCUCCUGGUCCCUUGGCGGGGACAGGCGAGGUGGGGGGUGAGGAGGCGGACGAGAAGCCUCCGCAGUUUGCGUGCCGGGAGUGCAAGGAGACGUUCUCCACGCUGACGUUGCAACGAAGGCACGAGCGCUCACACCCCGAGCUCCGGCCCUUUCCCUGCACCCAGUGUGGCAAGAGCUUUUCAGACCGGGCUGGGCUGCGCAAACACAGCCGCACACACAGCUCUGUGCGCCCCUACACCUGCCCCCACUGCCCCAAGGCCUUCUUGAGUGCCAGCGACCUACGGAAGCACGAACGCACCCACCCUGUGCCCAUGGAGACCCCCACACCUCUCGAGCCCCUUGUGGCUUUGCUAGGGAUGCCUGAGGAGGGGCCAGCCUGAGGCCCAGGGCCCUUCCCUCUGAACUCCCAGGAGUUCCGCCCCCACAGGUGCCUCCUGAACCUCCCUUUGCCCAGCUUUCUCUUCUAGACUCCGCAUCCCUGCCCCCCAUAGCCAGCUUACCUUCCCAACAAAGAGAUCUGGGGACGUGGAGGCGGGCACCUGCUGUUCAGAGGCAUGGCUCUGUGAGUAACACAUUAAAGCAUUCACUUUGACCCUG